AUGCGUGACUCUGUACAGCUGUUUCCCGCCCUGAGGUACAGACUUUUCAAUUGCAUAUUCAACCCGUGUAUUCUACUACCCCAUGCCAUAUUCCUCAUCACCAUAUGGUUGAUGGUCUCCCAAGCAGUGCCCCCUCAGGAUACUCCCACGUCUAGCACGAAUACCGCUAUUAUUACGACGAUCUCGACCGUUACGGCUACACCGAUGACCACCCUAAUCUCUACCACUAUUGAGGCUGCUGUUACAACAGACAGCUAUUCGCCAAUAACGACCCAGCAUGUUGAAAACCUGAUCAACAGUUUUCUCGAUGCAAAAGCCAACGACACUGCCCAGGUCCUCAGCGGUGUGCUCCAGGGUUACGUCACAAACAUCGACUCUCUUGUAGCUGGUUGGAACGAUUCAAUUCAUACGCAGGCUUACAUUUGGGAACAGCAUUAUAGCUCAUUGCAGCAGUAUAAUAAAAGCAUAUUUUCCAACUUACAGACUCAGUCACAAGUGAUCGACUCUUCUGUCCAAUAUCUCACCUCGAAUGGGCUGUUGGUUACCACUGGCUCUACGCCGGGCACUCUUGAUGGGCUGAAGCUCAAUACGUCUUUCCUGGAGAACAUUUUUGACAACGUUUCCGCCAGCCUACACGAAUUAAGAAACGGAUAUCUUUACUAUCCAACAAACGUAAGCUUGAACUCCAUCUCAAGGAGUCAGGUCAAGAUCUGGCUCGGAAAUGACCUGUCAGUACAGGCUUCGCAGCGGGAGCUGAUCAAAAGCCUGCAAAAGGCUGUCAACAGCACGGGCGCGAACACGAUAGUAAAGCGACAAGAACAAAUUACGGGAAAAAAGAUGAAUGCAAAGCAGAAAGCUUUCAAACUGAGUGUAAUUUUGGCGGCUACAUACAUCGUUGGUGUCAUUCUACUCAUGUGUUUGGAAUAUUUGUCCUAUCGAAUCGAAAUGGCCCAUUUCCAUCAAGCCACGGAGCAAUUAAUCAUCGAAGCUGGAGAGAGUUUACGAGAUCUAGAUGACGAAAGAUACCGUUUGAUGGCUCACAGACAUAUCCAGGAAAUUUUGCUUCCUUACAGCCAUUUUACCAAACAUCCAAAAUCUUGCACAGUGGACGAAGUGGUGGUGAGCACCGUCGAGCGAAUGACGAAGUCCGAGAAAACCUUCAAAUUCAGAAAAUUAAGCGUAUUUAUACAUUGGUGGCUCGCAUCCCAUGGUGUGACCAUGUGGAUUUUCUUGCUGACGUUUGCAAUCGAGGGCCAUGUUCUUUGGACUUUCUUAGAACCCGGAGAAAAUACGUCUCAUGCACUGAGAAAGAGGGAUACUUUGGCGUCCACGAUUGAUACACAAUAUGAUACAGUUCUUCCACUUUGCACGACGUUUGAGAGCGUGGUGAACGCCGAGCUCUAUGCGACUGUGCAGAACCAUUUUUGGAAUGCUCAAAAUGGUACAGUUGCCAGUGUUUUUGACAAAGUUUACGAAGAACUGAACAGAACUCAAGAAAACCUGCUAUUUUCUGUAAUGCCCAAACCGACCGCACUCGAGCACAUCGACUUCGAAUUUGCCAACUUUUCGUCCUUUCUCGCAUCCAGGCUGUCAACCUAUUUCCCGCAGACCGCUGACACCGGGUAUAAAAACCUCCACAAGCGAAACUCAGCCGAGUCAAGGGCCUCUAAAAUUACAGCUUGUCGCGCUGUAUACUACAAAAUUGUCUACACACUGCUAGGUACUAUCGUCUAUCACCAUUUGUGCGGAUUCGCACUGGCUUUCAGACAGACCAAAAAUCCUGUCAUCACCCGCACGCAAACGGGAGUUCAACACAGAAACCAGCGAAAGUACUAA